UUUGGCACCGUGCGUGUAGGCAGUUAGAAGAAUACUUGGUAAAGCUUUAGACACUCAAUUUAUCACAAGUCACGCGUUAGUAUGCCUUCCCACGGCCACGCAGCGCAAAUAGUUGAUAGUUAGCGAUGUUAAGACUCCAGAACAAGAGGAGGAGAGACGAACAACACAACAACUGCUACUUGCUGCCCAGAAAACAAGCAGUUGUAGGCAGAAGCAGAUCCCGGAACUUGAAACGGUCGGAAGCGAGCUAACGUUAGCUAGCUUUUUGUUGACAGUGCGCGUGCUGUCAAACCUGAACACGACCUCGUUAAAAGUAACUACUCAGUUAGCGUCAUACUUUGGGACUCGUACCGGCGACGGGUAGUUAGCAGCUUCCCAAAGUCGUUUUUGGGGCGAAAUUUGGUAGAAGUUUCCGACACUUUUAAACCACUUGUGGAUCUGGAAGAUGGCAUCAAGAGGAGGAUUCACACCGAUGAAUAUGAAUGUGAGCCCCAUGAAUGUUGGGCACGCUGCGGGCAUGAGGAUGCCAGGUAUGCCGCAGGCUCCGGCGGGAUACUCCCGGAGCAUGACCACCGCUCCCCAGUACCCCCAGCGCCCAGGGAUGCCGUCCAACAGAGUGGGAGGCCCCAUGGGAUCAAUGGGGGGUCAGCUGCCUGGUCCUUCUUACGGUGGUGGGAACAUGUCCAUGCGGCAAGGCAUGGGGCCUCCGAGCAUGGACGCCUCGAGGAAACGGUUCCUUCAUAUGCAUCAACAGCAGCAAGAGGCGCUGGGAGGCCUAAGACGAGGGGCAAAGAGACGCAAGAUGGCGGACAAGGUUCUUCCUCAGCGGAUCCGAGACCUGGUCCCAGAGUCCCAGGCCUACAUGGAUCUCUUGGCGUUUGAAAGGAAACUGGAUCAGACCAUUGCCCGAAAGCGUAUGGAGAUUCAGGAAGCCAUCAAGAAACCCAUUAUGCAAAAACGCAAGCUCAGGAUCUACAUUUCGAACACGUACACUCCCAGCAAGCCGGAGGGCGAGGAGGCCGAGAAGGUGUCCUCCUGGGAACUGAGAGUGGAGGGAAAACUUCUGGAGGAACCUGGCAAGCAGAAGAGGAAGUUCUCGUCUUUCUUCAAAAGCCUGGUGAUUGAGCUCGAUAAGGAGCUCUAUGGACCUGACAACCACUUAGUAGAGUGGCACAGAAUGCCCACCACUCAGGAGACCGACGGUUUCCAGGUCAAAAGGCCCGGCGACGUGAAUGUUAAAUGCACCCUCCUGCUCAUGCUUGACCACCAGCCCCCUCAGUACAAACUGGACCCGCGGUUGGCUCGCCUGCUGGGUGUGCACACUCAGACGCGGGCCAGCAUCAUGCAAGCUCUCUGGCUCUACAUCAAGAACAACAAGCUGCAGGACUGUCAUGAGAAGGAGUACAUCAACUGCAACCGCUACUUCAGACAGAUCUUUGGCUGUCCUCGCAUGAGGUUCUCAGAGAUUCCCAUGAAACUGGCCGGCCUGCUGCAGCACCCUGACCCCAUCAUCAUCAAUCACAUGAUUAGUGUGGACCCCACAGAUCAGAAGAAGACGGCGUGCUAUGACAUUGAUGUGGAGGUGGAUGACCCACUGAAGGGCCAAAUGACCAGUUUCCUGUCCUCUACAACCAACCAGCAGGAAAUUGCUGCACUGGAGAUGAAGAUCCAUGAGACGAUUGAGUACAUCAACCAGCUGAAGACUGAGAGGGACUUCAUGCUGAGCUUCAGUAACAAUCCACAGGACUUCAUCCAGGACUGGCUCAAGUCUCAGUGCAGAGAUCUGAAGUUGAUGACAGACGUGACAGGAAACCCAGAGGAGGAGAGGAGGUCUGAGUUCUACCAGGCGCCCUGGGUACCAGAGGCGGUGGGCAGAUACGUGUACUCCAAAGUGCAGCAGAGGAGGCAGGAGCUGGAGCAGGUGUUGGGCAUCCGACUCACCUAAAGACAUACUCCAGAGACGUAGUUUAUUCGCCAAACGUUAACGUCUGCACAAUCGAAAUUGGAAUUUGCUUAAAGAGAAAUAAGCUAAUGCUGCAGCUUAAAUGUUCACAAAGCCAUCCUCACUGACAUGGUAUCAUAACCCAGCUUCUAAGUGGGAUACAUAUAAGAUAACAGUUCUAAAAUCAAAGUAUAUGGGACCAAAGUGAUGAUUAACACGUCCCUUAUCAUAUGUUUGCCUUGCAUUGUCUUGUCAUGUUGAGCCUGUUCAAAUAACCGCUGCCUUGUUUUGCAAUAUGUUUUGUUUAUGGUACAAUAUGCUUAAGAUAUUUUAAGCAUCGGUGCUGUCGAGGUGUUUUUCACCAACACAUUGUGUGCUGUUUUGAAAAGGUCUGUUUACCGUCAUAUGUGAAAGCCAUAACCUUUAGAAAGGAACAAUGCCUAGUGAGAAAUAUAUGUUGUUUUUUUUAUUUCAAAAACAAAUUUAGAAAAUACAGAUUAUUUUCUGGAAAAACAGGAACAAGAAUGAUGUCUGAUGACUUGGAUAGGAACACAUAAGAAGCCUUUUACGCCAACAAUAUUUUUUUUGCUGUUUUUUUAUAUAUAUAUAUAUUGGUGGAUAUAUAAUUUGAAAUUUGAAAGCAGGAUUUUCAGGACAGCUCUCCUUUGGGAAAAGCUUGAGCUCCUUAUUUGAGUCCACUCUGUCCAGCUGUAACUCAGCAGCUUUUUUUUGUACUUCUUGGAUGUUUACAUGCUGUUUUUAUUUGUUAUUGGGGGUCUUUAAUGCCAGGAAGAGGAACAGUGGCUGGCUCUUUGGAUUGAAGGGAAGAUCCAAACCUCGGAAGAAGGUUACCUGGUGUUAAUGAAAUAGGCAGUUGUAGCGUGUCACUUAAAAUGCACCGAAUUGUUUUGUACAGUUUAUAUUUUCCCGAGCUAACUUUUCAUUGAAAUGCUAUUUUGUUAAGGUUUUUGUAUGAGAGGGUUUUCUGGAUCUCUUUAAACAUUCCGUGUUAACAGAUUUCGCUGUGCCAAAAUUUGUUUUGUGAAGCAGGCACUUAUAAUUUGAGAAUUGUUGUGUACAAAUAUUUUGUUGUACAGCCUCUUUUUAAAAUGUUUGCAUGUUAUGUAUCAAUCAAAUGCCUUUAUCUUUUAUACAUUUGGAGUUGUUUUUUUGUUUUGUUUUUUACAAUAAAUAUACUUACAAAUGU